UCUUUUCUCUUCGCUUCUUCUCUCUAAACCCACUCUGCAAAGGACCCCCCAUCUCUCUCUACUCUCUCGCUUUCUUAAACCCUUGUCCUUUCUCACAUUCUCUCUCUACAAUCCUUUUAACCUAUUUCUACAAAAGUUCUGGGAUUGAUUCUGAAAAGCCAGAUCCUUUACCGCAUUCCAAAUUCCAAAAAUGGCGAUUGAAGACAACAGGAACCCAAAUCAAGAAAUCAAGCCUAAGAGCAGAAGAAUCAUUGGAGGUGGUGGACCAGAGGAAGAAGAGAACCAGUGGCCUCCAUGGCUGAAACCAUUACUGAAAGAAAACUUCUUUGUUCUAUGCAACUUUCAUGGACACUCACCUAAAAACGAAUGCAACAUGUAUUGUUUGGACUGCACCAAUGGCUCGCUUUGCUCUCUCUGUCUUGAACACCACAAGGAUCAUCGUACCAUCCAGAUAAGGAGAUUGUCGUAUCACCAUGUUAUAAGGGUCAACGAGAUUCAGAUGCAUUUAGAUAUCUUGAGCGUUCAGACUUAUGUGAACAACAGCGCAAAGGUUGUGUUUUUGAAUGAAAGGCCUCAGCUUGAGCGCGUUAGAGGAGUUAGAGUUACUAAUGCCUGCGAUGUCUGUUCUCGUGGCCUUGCUGACGAUUGCUUUUGCUUCUGCUCUCUUGGCUGCAAGGUAGCAGGAACUUCUAGAAGCUUUGAGAAGGGACGGGAGCAUACAGUAAUGGAAUCAGAGAAUUCGAGCAACAUUUCAGGAGUAGAGGAUAAUGACAUUCCAAAGCCACAGAGUGUAAACGCAUCAACACCACAACUUCCUACUUCUACUUCUUUGAGAAAAAGACCAAGAAAGGCUAUCCCUCAACGAUCUCCACUGCAAUGAGGUUAGAUCGCAAUGACGAAGAAGGUUGUAUUACAUUCCAAGGCUUCUUAUUAUAUAUUAGACAUCCUGAAAAGAGAUAGUAGCUCAAUACAAGACACAACAUAAAUGGUUUUAACAUUGGUCUUACUCCAAAGGAGGGCCUUAGGUUCGUAGUCAUCGAAUUAGUAAGUGUUAUAUAUAUGAUAUCUCAAUGUGAUGAUGCAAAUGAGGCUAGACAAGGAGUAAACAAGACACAGCAUAAAAGGCUGAGAGGUUUACGCUCUCACA